AUGGCGUACAGCUGCCGCGACUUGAUUCGGUCCGGGUCCGUCGCGGGCUUGGAGACCGGCGGCCUGGGCAUGUACCGGAACCUCUUGGAAGCCGACCCGACCUUUCUCUUGCCAGCGCUCGCCGUCGGGUCGACGUAUCUCAAUUUUGAGCUCAUGGGCCACUCCAAGAUCAAGGCAUUCGACUGGCUCAAGACCAAGAUUCAGUACAUUCCGCUGCUCUCGUUUCCGUUCAUUUGCCAAUUGCCGCAGGGUGUCUUCUUUUACUGGCUCGCGUCGUCGUGGUUUUCACUCGCCCAGUCGCGUCUCCUCAAGGUCCCCGCACUGCGCGCGACCCUCGGACUCAAGGAGAUCCCGUCGGCCGCCGCGACGCUUUCCAAGACCCUGCAGGACGCUGUCACCAAGGCGCCCAAGUAG